CAGAGAAGAUGGAAAACGAGAAUUGCCGGCCCCAAAAGUCGUGGCAGCAUGAGAUUGUGCUGAGAUGACAUCGUCCACCUCUUGCUCAAGUUCGCCGCCUCUCUGGCCGCCAAACAGCUUCAUAUCGAUAACAUCUGUUCCAGCUUCGCGAAUGAUUCCACGGUGCGCCUUAGCUUCAUGCGGGCCGUCGAUGACGACUUUGUUGAGGAGAUCGAACGGAGUAGGAGUUCCGCGAUCUUCGUCUUUGGAAACCUGCAUUUCACUAGCAUCUUCGAUACUUUGGUAUACAGCCUGAGGAGACUCUGUCCUUGGCGGGCGUUGGACGCUUUUCGCACGACUUCCGCUGGGUGCUUCACUAUGGAUUUCACUUCUCCGAUGACGUGUUCCAAGCGGGCCCAACAAUUUUCGCUCGUGAGAUUCGUUGAAAUCCUGUGGCGUUGCAGCAGCAAUGGCAUGAGAUUCUGCGGUAGGUGACUUUUGCCUAACGUUUCCAACGCCGAUCGCAAAUUCGUGACCAACACCGGCACGACCAACUAGUUGAAUAUUAUGUUGCCUGAGUCGAGCGAGCAGUUGACGGACAUCGCCGUGCCUAACUUGGAUGCCUGCGGUAAAGCUGCGUCGGACACGGCUACGCAUUUCAUCUUUUGUCAUCCCGUGCCUGCUUAGUUCUUCCCCGAUCAUGCACAGGUCUCGGAGAACAUCGCCGCUGCACACAAGAUGGUUGUUGUCGGCGUCAUUGGGGGUCGAAUUUUCAGGGAAGAGUUCACCCAACUUUCUGAUUCCGAAUAGGUCCGCAAGACGUGCCCAGCGUCGGUUCUUUGAGGAGAUUGUGACAACCGAAGCUUCAGCUUGGCUCUUCACUCGCGCCAUGGACAGAUUGCCGUUGAACAGGGAAACAGGAUGCUGUACGAUGAGAAGGUCGACUGAUGAUUGUGAAGUUAGUCUUUGUACGUCGUUCUCAUGAAGUCUCGAGCAUUUGUGACGCACAUUAAGUCAG